AGAGAGGUUAAAACCCAAGAACAGGGAUCCUAAAUCCUGAGGCCUGAUCCCUGUAUCACCAGGAUGUCUCAGGACAGUGACCUGUGGAGGAAGGAUUCGAGUCUGGGCGACGAGCUGGCCGCUGUGAGGCAGCAGAAGCUAGAACAGCAGCGGCGCUUGUUUGAGAAGAAGCAGCGGCGCAAGCGCCAGGAGCCACUGAUGGUCCAGGCCAAUCCCGACGCUUCCCUACGGCCUCGGAGGCCCCGACGGCGAGAGGAGCGAGGCCCCGGGGAGAGUGGCCCGGUGAACCCUUAUCUCCUGGAGAACGUGCCAGAGGCGCAUCUGCGAGCUGGUACCCACAGCAUUCAGGGCAGCGUUAACUGUGGCGGAGACUGUGGGAGCGAGCGCACCUCUCGACAGGCCUUAGGAGGGGCUGAGAGCUCGGACCCAGAGCUAGAGGAGGUCUCGGUGGAGGACAGCCCGAUCUCUCCGCCUCCCAGCAAGGAUAUGCCUGGGACCCGACGCCGGGGAUGGCCGGCUCGGCAGAGGCCAGGUGAGAAGGGGCUUCGGGUCAGAGCCGGCCGGAAGCCGCCCCCGGUUCCCCCUCAUUCCCGCUCCGCCUCCGCCUCCUCAGGGAGAGGAGAGGCUCCCCAGGAGCACAGCCCAGCGAAGACGCCGGUGCCCACGGCGGAGGAAGAGACUGCGAAGUUGCCGGAGGAGAUGGGAGCCGAGCCAGAGAGCCCUGCGGCGCCCCAGCCGGCUGAGGAGGAAGUGGGCGAGGCUCGCCCUGCCGAGAGCCAAGAAUCCCAGAGCGACCUGGGGGAUAAGAGUAAGUGCCCGGGUGUGCGCCCGGGAGGGGGCGGGACCGGCCCCGAGCCUUUUCUAGUUUGCCAAACCCUUAGGGGAGGCCCAGAAUUCGGGCGGGAGGGGGGAUCCUGGCGCGGAGGAGGGGGCCUGCCGGGACCCACGCCUCCCCCGCCUCCGUUUCCCCCAGAGGAAGAGGAGGAAGAGGAGGAGGCGGAGGCGGAGGCGGAGGCAGAGGCGGAGGCGGAGGCGGAGGCGGAGGCGGAGGCAGAGGCGGAGGCGGAGGCGGAGGCGGAGGCGGAGGCGGAGGCGGACGCUGAGGAGAGCUGCGAGACUUCGGACGUGGGACCGGAACAGGGCUCGCAGCGAGGCCAAGACCACGGAGACUCUGUGUCCAGCAAGGAUGAGGACGAAGAAGAGACGGCCGAGAGGGUGGCCACCGUGGCGCAGGACUCUGCCCCGGGCGGCGGGGUCGGAGCGGAGGCCGGGGACAUCGGGAAGGUGUCGCACUCGUCGCCGCGCGCCCCAGGCCCGCAACCUGGCGAGGACAUGGAAGCCUACGUGCUGAGACCAGCUCCUCGCACCUGGACGGUGCAGUGCAGGAUCACGCGAGACAAGCGGGGCAUGGACAAGGGCAUCUUUCCCUUCUACUACCUUUACCAGGAGGAGCCCGAGGGCAAGAAGCAUUUUCUCCUCGCUGGACGCAAGAGGAAGCGGAGCAAGACUUCCAACUACCUCAUUUCCCUGGACCCCACCGACCUGUCUCGAGAUGGGGACAACUUUGUGGGCAAAGUCAGGUCUAACGUCCUGGGCACCAAAUUCACCAUCUUCGACAACGGGGUGAACCCAGAUCGGAAAACCUUCAUGCUGGAGUCCACCCGGAUCCGAGAAGAGCUGGGGGCUGUGUGCUAUGAGACCAACGUUUUGGGAUUCCGGGGACCACGAAAGAUGACAAUCAUUAUCCCAGGCAUCGACCCCCAGAACCAAAGGCUCAAGGUUCAGCCCCAAAAUGAGCAGGAAACCCUUCUGAGUCGCCUUCAGCGAGGGGCCAACCAAGGGCUGGUCCUCCUGCAGAACAAGGCGCCAUCUUGGAGUGACGAGAGUGGCGCCUACGUCCUCAACUUCCACGGGCGGGUCACUAGGGCCUCCGUCAAAAACUUCCAGAUUGUGCACCCCGAAGACCCUGACUACCUGGUGCUGCAGUUCGGCCGCGUAGCCCCGGACAUGUUCACCAUGGAUUUUCGAUUCCCCCUUUGCCCCCUUCAGGCCUUCGCCAUCUGCCUGUCCAGCUUCGAUGGGAAGCUGGCGUGUGAGUGACGCCCCCCACCCCCCGGCCCACACGGGGCUGGCCCCCAAUAAAGUACUAAUUUCCCCUUC